GUAGGGGUGUGGAGGGGGAGGGGUAGGGGCUUGUCAAAAAGAGGAGGUGUUGAAAAAGUUGGGUGGAGAGUAUUUUUGUGAGAGGUCCUUGAAGAGUUAGACAGCCGCUCGUGCAGGCUCCGCCACGAGACGGAUGCAGUCAUUGUAGGUGAGGAGUGCGACAUCCCCCGCGCUGUGUCACACGGCAGUGGAGGGAGCCAGGAUUUCUUGUCCACCAACCGAGAUUAGUGAAGAAUAUAACUGUGUCAAACUGAGAGGACAAACAUACCGACGGACUGCGACAUGGACCAGCUGCGCCCCGCUGUCUUCCCCUUCUAUGCUGCGCACUUGCACCCUAACCUCGCCAGCCUCGCACAGGAGCGUCUCCGUUUCCCGGGACACCCGCCAUUCCAAUUUCCAGCGGCGGCCAUGUUUCCCGGCAUGCAUCCGAUGGCCGCUCACCACCAUCCGCCUCACCCGCCGCACCCAGGCGUUCCGCACCCUUUGACCCCGCAGGCCAUGCUGCACGUACGGGGACUGUCGCACACGCCGCAACCUGCUCACGCGCACGGCCACCCGCCCUCGGCGCACGUGCUGCACCCACCUGUACUGCAGCAGAUGUGCAUCUCCCAGGAGGAGCUGGACACCGUCCUAUACGGGUACGCCAAGAGCAAGGGAGGAGACCACUACCACGGCCACGCCCUGUCCGGCCUCAACCUCAGCCACGCGCUGGCUGCCGGGGAUCCCUCCUUGUCAGCCCCAGAACCCGUUACAUUCGGGAUUGACAAAAUUCUGUCCUCCAACCAGGCUUCCCCCAGCAGCUGCAGCGGCCGCGACUCCAAGUCUUCUCCUCCGUCCUUAGACCACGCCGCCCUGGAGCUGCCGGAAGGCAUCGCCAUCAUCCAGUCCAGCUUUGCUGGCAUCGUACACCACGGGGUGUUCUGCACCAAGACUGUCAUCGCCAGGGGCGCGAGGUUCGGACCCUUCAAGGGGCGGAUAAUCCACACCAGCGAAAUCAAAACACUGGACGAUAACUCGUACAUGUGGGAGAUUUUCCAGGAUGGCAAGCUGAGUCACUUCAUUGACGGGCGAGGUUCCGCAGGUAACUGGAUGUCACACGUGAAGUGCGCUCGCUACGCGCAAGAACAAAAUCUCAUCGCCAUUCAGGCGGACGGCGCCAUCUGGUACGAGGCCUGUAAGGACAUUCCUCAAGGAACAGAACUGUUGGUGUGGUAUGGCGACUGCUACCUGCAGUUCAUGGGGGUACCUGUCGCCCUGAAGGAGAUGGCCGACGGUGGUGCGCAGGAGGAGGCUGACACCAGUGAGGGCUUUCAGUGCGAAAGGUGUGGCAAAGUUUUCGCCUACAAAUACUACAGAGACAAGCACUUGAAGUACACGCGAUGUGUGGACCAGGGAGAUCGCAAGUACCCGUGUACUCUCUGUUCCAGGUCCUUUGAGAAGCGGGAUCGUCUGCGAAUCCACAUUUUGCACGUGCACGAGAAACACAGGCCCCACAAGUGCAUGGUGUGCGGCAAGUCCUUCAGUCAGUCCUCCAGCCUCAACAAGCACAUGCGGGUGCACAGCGGAGAACGGCCAUACAAGUGUGUGUACUGUAACAAGGCUUUCACAGCGUCCAGCAUACUGCGGACACACAUAAGGCAACAUUCGGGAGAGAAACCAUUUAAGUGCAAGCAUUGUGGGAAGGCCUUCGCGUCGCAUGCAGCACAUGACAGUCACGUGAGGAGAACGCACUCUAAGGAACGACCAUGUUCCUGCAACAUUUGUGGCAAGACUUUCUCCCAGUCCUUCGAGCUCAAGUUCCACAUGAAUUCACACCUGAGUCCAUGACAGAAUCGCACAUCGAUUGCCGGAGAAAAUGAAGAAUAAAUGAUAAUAAUGAUGCUAAAAACACUUGCAUCCCAGCAUCGUGGCAUCUCUCAGGCCACCAUCGUGGGCUCCUCACAAAUGGCUGCCAUUGUUCUGCACGCGCAAACCUGAGAACAAUGACUGAUAAGACCAACUGACUCAGUGCCACGUGUGUUCCCUGGCUCCUGUUCAGUGAGCACGGCUCAUCACACAUCAUUUCUUAAAAUAAAGGCCAAUUAAGAAAAGUUAUAAACAAACUUCCCGAAUACAAUUCAUGAAGUCGCUGUGAAAGACAUCUCAUCUUUGCGAGUCUCAGAAGGAUGCAGGUGGAAGUUUACCACAAACACUAGAGAAAAAAACUGUGUUUGUCUCGUGUACGAAUCCUUCAUUUUUCAGGCGACUAGGCUGUGCUUUCUCUUUGUGGAAUUGAAAAGUUUGGACGGUUUGGAAGAGUGAGGCAGUUACUGUGAUUUUCAACUGCGAGAGAAAUGAUGAAGAUUGAUGGACAUCGUCUGAGUGGCAACGAGACUUUGCGAGACAGAAGUGUGUUAGUCAGCAGCCAUGUAUCUAAUGUUUACUGGAUUGUAGUCUCCCAGUAAAUUACAGUUUUUAUUGUAGAAUGAAACACGUUUUGUUUGGAAUUAUCAAGCACCUUAUCAGUGGAAUAUUGUAAAUGUAACACACACACACACACACACACGACUUUCUUUCCAUACUUUGUCACACCGACAUCAUUUCUGUCAUGAUCCCGGACAAACACAUAGUCUUGUUUUGUUUACAUAGCUUUGUUUACCUGUAGAACUGUUGCGAUUGCACGUGUGUGUGUGUGGAAAAUUUACGGAAAACAAGAAAUACUCACUUUUUUACAAAAAUUUGACAAGAUGAUAUAAAAGUUUGUGUCAUUUUUGUGGAGUUUGAAUGAUAUGUCUUUUGUAUGUUGGAUUCAUCAGGGAUAUAUAUACAUUGACUUGCUGAAUUAUCUCGGGUUCUAGAAGUGUUUAUUUACUGAGAAACAUACUUAAUGAUGAAUGUUUUUUUGAGUUUCUUUGAAAUCGUUUUUGUUUGAACGUAGAAGGCAAGAAAAUGUUGGUGCUGCUUUCUUCUCAAACAUCAACAUUUUCAUCAUACCCGAAACAUGAGGUCUUUUUUUUUUUUGAGAAAAGUAUUUUAAAAGAAUAAUUUAGCUAAAGUUUGUGUUAUAGUUUAUUAUGGUUUUCUGAAGCAGAAAAAGUUGUAUAGAUGUAAUAUUUGUUAGAUUAUGUGUAGCGUAUUCCUCUGUCUAGAGUUUACACGUCGGUUAUUCAAUAAUAACUGACAUUGUUAAUUAACGGACAAACAAGUACAACUUAAAAAAAGAUUUUAAUUCAUUGAUAAGAAGAUAAGCAUGAAGACUGUGUUACACAGCUUACACACAUUUAGAUAUACACAUUUGUGGACAAGGACGACAGGAGCGAAUUGCGGUUAAGGAACAAGUAUUUCGAGCGAUGAAGGUUUAAGUAUGAUACAGUUCUUUGAAAAUCUCAAAAAUAAAUUUUAAAAGUAGGUAAAAAUUAAUUUUGCUUUCACUAACUCCAUUCGUUUGGAUGGCUUUGACAUGGUCAUAGUUACAUUCGUUAUGCUUGUCCGUCUGUUUCUGGACAGACAACAUUCAUUCUGUGAACAGAUGACAUUCAGCACUUUAAUCUUGUGGACGGGUGCAUCUGACAAAACUGUUUGAAGCACACGCGGUCAAUGAACAUUUGCUGUGAUAUUACCGUGCUGAUAUUCUUAUUAUCAAUGGUCUGAAGUUUUACUUGUUUGCUCUCUCUCUUUCUCUCUCUCUCUCUCUCUCUUGUUCGUCAUAAAUACACGAAACAAACAAAAUCACUCACGGCAUGCAGGCAGAAUCUAUGUCUUUCUUCGUUUUUCAUUUUUCUUCCUACUUCAUAUCAUUUAAGUUUCUAUCAAUCUUUCCUUAUCAUUUAUCAAGUAAAAGUUGCUAUGAACAAUCAUUUUUUUCUAAGGAUGCCCAUCUCAGAAAAUCGUUUAUACUGUCAUCUGUCCAUGUUCUUUAA